AUGAGCCGACAUCAUCCGCAUCCGUAUCGGAAUUACGUAUGCCGUGAAGGUCAUGGAUGGCAUGGAAAUCAUGGAGAUUAUAGAAGUCAUGGAGGUUAUGGAAGUCAUAGAGGUUAUGGAAGUCAUGGAGGCUCUAGAAAUUAUGUAUACCCUCUCGGUCCUCGUCGUGAAACCAUUGUAAAUGAUCGUGACAAUAAUUUAACUAAACUUUUUAGAAUUUUUGCGUCAAUACCAAGAUGGAAUGGCUAUCCCUAUUUAUUUAUAAUGGUUUGCAAUGCAGAUUACCAACCUGACAACAAAGACUCAAAAGUUGUGGAUGAAUUAGAAGAAAUUCGAAUGUCAAUUGACAAAAUAAACCAAUAUAGUGGUGCUAGUCCGCAAAUGUUUAAAUUAAUUAAAGAAACUCUUGACGAUUACCAAAAUUUACGAGUAAACCAUAAUCAAAAACAAAUGGAACAAUUGGUAGAAAAGGUGGGUUUUGAACUUCGCCCUCAUUCUGUAAAAGAUCAUACAAAAUUCCUUGAGCAAUUACGAAAUUUGACUGUUGAACAAAGAUCAGUAUUGCGUGAAAUUUGCAUUAAUAGACUUCGAUCGUUCUCAGAAUUUGCGGAAUACAUCAUUAGUUAUUCCAAAGAUAAUCGAGUUCAGCAAUUCUCGGAAGAACUUGAAACAGCACGAAAUAUUUCAAUAGAACAAAGAUAUGACGAAUCUAGACAAUCGAGUCGUCAAAUCGAAAAUUCUUGCAGUCAAAUAUCCAAUAUAAGUAAUGAAACAGCAAAACUCUUAGAAGAAAAUAAAAGAUUGAAGCUCGAAGCAGCAAGACACCAAGCAGCAUUGGGUAAUGUUGUGAAUUUUAAAUGGCGUGAUGAUGAUCCUAAUAACUCCAUGCAGUUAGUUAAAGAUAUUGAAAAACUUCAACGUGAUUUACAAUCCUUCACCAGAGUUAAAGGAACCAACAUACAAAUCAAUCAAGUAGCUGUUUCUGAACUCUUCAAUAGAUACAAAUGUUCAACAAAAUUUGACGAUAAAGCAAUGAAAGUUGUUUUGUCCGCUGUCCUACAAAGAUUUAUUCUUGAACAUAUCAACGAACUCUCUGACGAUUUUAGUAGAAGAAUCGACAAUACAAGUUUUUUAACAGACGACCAACUUGAGGCAGGCAUUGCUUCUCGGGCACAAGCAUUAUUCCCAUUGAUAUCACGUUUUUCAACAUUUAAUCCAGGGGAUGAUGAACACACACGUGUUCUUCCAAUAAAGUUACGUCAACAUAUUUAUGCUGCACUUUCCAAUAGAGGAUUCGAUAAUCAAAACCAUCAACUUGUUCAACAAAUACUUGAAUCUCUGAUAAAAAAAAUGGAUCAAUACAGAACAAUAGAAUCAAAAGACAAAAGUAAACUUGCUUCAAAAGCGACUUCAAUCAUUAAACAAGUUUUAAAGAUAUUUUGUUUUCGAUUAGAAACCCAAGAGCCAACACCCAAGGUUGAAUUUUAUAAUGUUGGUGAUCCUAUUGAUGUUGAAGUUAUGGAUGGUAGUUGGCAAGGUGAUGAUGCUAAGGAUUUGGAAGUUGAAAUUUGCUCAUUUCCAGCAAUUUUAUUAAUCGAUAGUGAAAAAAGAAUAUUGACUAAAGCUCAAGUAAUGACACGGCCAAAAGUUUAA